AUGGCGGGCUCUUCAAGGCCGUCUACCUCUUACCUCUCGUCCUCUACCUCUUACCCCUCAGCCUCUACCUCUUACCCCUCAGCCUCUACCUCUUACCCCUCAGCCUCUACCUCUUACCCCUCAGCCUCUACCUCUUACCCCUCAGCCUCUACCUCUUACCCCUCAGCCUCUACCUCUUACCCCUCAGCCUCUACCUCUUACCCCUCAGCCUCUACCUCUUACCCCUCAGCCUCUACCUCUUACCCCUCAGCCUCUACUUCCUACGGCCAUGGUGACUACAACACGACAACUUCGCGCCCUCGCACUCGGCCAGGCACUGGCAGACCGUCCACAGCUCGACCGAGAACCGGUGCUUCGACUGUUGCCAGGGUCGAGUCUCAACAUGUGGUGUGCGCCGUUGCCGAGUCUCGCGGUAUCUCACCCACCGUUGGCCUGGCUUUUGUCAAUCUCGACACCGGAGAAGCUGUGCUCUGCCAGAUCAACGACAGCCAGACCUACGUUCGCUCCAUCCACAAGCUGAAAGUCUACGGCCCUUCAGAGAUACUCAUCGUUGCAACAGCGUCUAGCCCCAAGUCGAAGCUCUUCUCGAUCGUCGAAGAGAACCUUGAAGAUAUCGGCAGCAAAAUCACUCUGCUCGACCGCCGCUACUGGGCUGACUCGACCGGCUACGAGUACAUCCAAGCCUUGGCCUUCAAGGAAGAUGUCGAGGCCAUCAAGGUCUCGGUCCAGGGCAACUACUACGCCAUCUGCUGCAUUGCAGCGGCACUCAAGUACAUCGAACUGGGUCUUGGAACGCACUUCUCGUAUCACUCGCUCCGGAUGAGGUAUGAGCCGUCGGAAGGAUCCAUGUUGAUUGACGUGUCCACCAUCUACUCGCUUGAGCUUGUGCAGAACCUCCAGCGUCCAAAGUCGAAAGACUGUCUGUUUGGACUCCUCAACGAGACCCUGACAGCAAUGGGGGCCCGCCUUCUCAGGAACAACAUCCUGCAGCCGCUCACCGAUCCUGACGUGCUCACCACCAGGUACCUUGCCGUUGAUGAGCUGACCACCAGGGAAGAGAUGUUCUUUGCGACGCGAGCUGCUCUGAAAAAUUCCCUAGACGCCGACAGGAUCCUGACUGCUCUCAUUGUGAAACCGGUCAAGCCAACGCUACAGACGACAGAGCAGGCCAUCAACCAAGUGAUCAUGUUGAAGCAGUUUGUGUCUUCCGUGAAGCCAAUAUUCGAGGCUCUUACUGGAGCCAGGUCGAGCAUGCUGAACAACAUCCGCGAGCUCUGCGCCCCAGAAAAUAUCUUGCCGAUCCAGGAACUGAUUGAUGAAGUGAUCAACGAAGACACCACUUACGCGAAGCAGCCUCUCGAGCUCCGCAACCAGCGCACGUACGCCGUCAAGUCUGGCGUUAAUGGCUUGCUUGAUGUUGCCCGGACUACCUACAAGGAGGCCACGGAGGAUGCGUACCAGCACUGCACGGAGCUCGGCCAGGAGUAUGACAUUCAACUCGCCCUCAAGUAUGAGAAUGCUCGUCAGUUCUACAUCAAAAUUCCAUUGUCUGAGCUCGACGGUAAAGGGCUUCCACCAGUCUUCACCAACGUCAUCCGCCGCAAGAACAACAUCGAGUGCCAAACCCUAGAGUUGAUGAAGCGCAACCAGAAGAUUAAUGUCUCACAUCAAGAAGUCGUUUUGAUGAGUGAUCAAGCCAUCGAUGCGCUCAUCGAGGCAGCUCGUGGCCACAUGUCGGUCAUGUUCAAGAUUUGCGAAGCUGUCGCACUGCUGGACAUGAUCGCUGCCUUCUCGCAGCUCGUGACGGUGAACGACUAUACUCGACCACAGCUUACCGAGACGCUUGCCAUCAAGUCCGGCCGACAUCCCAUCAAGGAGAAGAUCACGCAGAACAAGUUUGUGCCGAACGAUGUCUACGCCACACAGCAGACGCGCUUCCAGAUCAUCACCGGAUGCAACAUGAGUGGCAAGAGCACUUACAUCCGCACUGUUGCGUUGAUGUCGAUCAUGGCUCAGAUCGGGUGCUUUGUGCCUGCAUCGUAUGCCUCGUUCCCGAUCUUGCACCAGCUCUUCGCACGGCUGGGCAUGGACGACAGCAUCGAAACGAAUGUGUCCACGUUCGCCGCUGAGAUGAGGGAGAUUGCCUUCAUCCUCCGCAACAUCGACCGACGCAGCAUGGCGAUCAUCGAUGAGCUGGGCCGUGGCACAAGCACGCGGGAUGGCUUAGCUAUCGCCCUGGCCAUCGCGGAAGCUCUCGUUUCUAGCAAGGCCCUCGUGUGGUUCGCGACUCACUUCAAGGAUCUCGCCACCAUCAUGCAUGAGCGUGCCGGCGUUCUCAACCUGCAUCUGGCUGUCGACAUGGAGCGGGAGCAGAACAUGACCAUGCUGUACAAGAUCUCUCAAGGCACCGUCAAGGAGACGCACUACGGGCUGGCUCUUGCUCGAGUCGUGCCACUUCCUCCGGGAGUAGUCGACCGCGCCGCAGUUGUUGCGCAGAAGCUCGAGCGCCACAUGCUUCGCCGGAAGAAGACGUCGGAGGUUGUGCUCAAGGAGAAGCGGCGCAAGCUCAUUCUGAAUCUCAAGGAGCAUCUUGUGCAGGCGCAGACAGGCGUGCUGGAAGGCGAGGUGCUGACGGCAUGGCUCAAGGAACUGCAGAGGGAGUUUGUCAAUCGCAUGACAGCGCUUGAGGCCGAGGCUGCACGAGUGAGUCGGGAAAUGGAUGACGAGGAUGAAGAGAUGGGGGAGGCAAGUGAGCAUGAGCAGCCCGGAACGCCUGCUCGUCAUUCCUCGGCCGUGAGCAUCUCGUCCAGGAUGAAUUCGACAGAGUCCGAGUCCACCAUCCGGCCCGCGUCCGAAGCGUCGUCAGUUCGAGCCGUAUCGGAUAAUGAACGUUAG